AUGGACGGCGAGAUGGGCGAGGACCUGCUGGCGGAGAUCCUCGUCCGGCUGCCGCCCAAGUCGCUGGCGCGGUUCCAGUGCGUCUCCACCACGUGGCGGGGCCUCAUCGCCGCCGACUACCUCCGCCGGAGGCUGCCGCUCAUCACGUCCGGCGUGCUGUUCCACGACGGCCCGCGGGACGGCGAGGGCGGGAGGCGGGCCUACACGUACGCGCGCGCGGCGUCGGCUUCGGGCGAGGACGGCGGCGGCGUGGCGGAGGCCGACGACAUGUCCUUCUUCCCGUGCCACGCCACGUCCAGCAUCAUCGACGGCUGCAACGGCCUGCUGCUCUACUACGCGUCCUGCCCGGCGGCGUUCCACGUCGUGAACCCGACCACGCGCCGGUGGGCGGCGCUGCCUGAGCCGCGCAGGAAGACGCUGCUCUCCGUGCUCUCCUUCGACCCCUGCGCCUCCCCGCACUACAAGGUGGUCUGCUUCACCGGGUGGCUGCCCCGGGGCGCCUCCGUCGAGGUGUUCGACUCGGAGACCGGCGCGUGGGGCGAGCACGAGCUCGACUUCGGCCUGGAGACCGACGCCAUGUCGGCCACCAUGCACUGCUUCGCCGGCGCCGUGCACGUGCUGGCAUACUCGGGCCACGUCGUUCGCAUCGACCUCGGCACCAUGGCGUGCGCGGUCACCGCGCUCCCGGCGCCCGUGAGCUACCGGGCGCGCGCGGGCCACUGCCGCGGCCGGCUCCGGUACGCGUCCAGCGACGGCUCGCGCCUCACGCUGUGGGAGCUGGUGGACGCGGGCAAGUCCGAGUGGGUGGCGAAGCACGAGCUGGGGGUCGUCGACCUCGUCUCCGGCGGCUCGUGCCACCCCGCUACCGCGACCUUCGUGUUCAUGGCGUUCCACCCGGAGAGGGAGGUGGUGUACCUGUGGACGCCGUCGAAGCUCAUCGCGUUCAACAUGGAGCAGAUGCGCGUCGAGGAGGAGUGCGUGUUCGGGUCCGGGAAAGAAGACGCGCAGCUCAUACAAAUCUGGCUGUUUCCCUUCUCGCGCCAUUUGGCCAGCUGCUUGGCCUGA